AUGUUGCCUUUAAUAUUGGGGGCUCCUGAUAUAAGAUUUCCUCGUUUAAAUAAUUUAAGAACUUUAGGUCAUCCGGGUAGAAGUGUGGAUUUAGCAAUUUUUAGUUUACAUUGUGCAGGAUUAAGAUCUAUUUUAGGGGGUAUUAAUUUUAUGUGUACUACUAAAAAUUUGCGUACUGGUGCUAUUACUAUGUUGUUAACUGAUCGUAAUUUAAAUACUUCUUUUUUUGAUCCAAGAACUGGUGGUAAUCCCUUUAAUUUAUCAACAUUUGUUUUGAUUUUUUGGUCAUCCAGAGCUUUUGGUAUUAUUAGUCAGUCUUCUUUGUAUUUAACUGGUAAAAAAGAAGUAUUUGGUUCGUUAGGUAUGGUUUAUGCAAUUUUAAGUAUUGGUUUAAUUGGUUGUGUUGUUUGA